AUGGACGCCGACGGUAAGGUCUUCCACAAGACCUGUAUGAAGUGCGAGCACUGCGCCUGUCGGCUGUCCCUCGGUAACUACGCCGCCCUCAACGGGAAGUACUACUGCAAGACGCACUUCAAGCAGCUCUUCAAGACCAAGGGCAACUACACCGAGGGAUUCGGAGAGGAGGACGCCAAGAAGAAGUGGUCCCCGCAGGUGUCGCACUUCAACAUGAGCGGCGUCAACUUUGGCUCGGGCUCGAGUACCAUCAAGCAGCGCGCCAUGACCGUGGGUCCCAUCAGCCAGGCGGGCUCCCACAAGAGCAACGAUGCCGACACCGAAAGCGAGCUCGCCCCCGCCGCCAACGCCGACGCCCAGGCCCAGGCGCCGGUCGAGACCCAAGCCAUCGACGCCGCCAACCCCCAGGCCACCCCCGACGCCUCUCCCUCCGCCGCCGCCGCCGAAGAGGUAUCCGAUCUCGGCGAGGUCCCAGCGCCUACUGAAGGUGGUGGAGAAGCCCAGCAGCAGGAGCCCAGCCAGGGCUCCGAUGCACAGAGUGAAGGAGGCAGUGCGGGCGAGGCCGCGGAAGGCAAUGGCGCCGAUGAUACCGCCACCACUGCCGCCAUUGACUCUUCCGCUGAGCCUGGCGACGCACCGGCAGCUGAGGCUGGCGAUGCGACGGCCGCCGACAACUCUGGUGACGUGGCGUAA